CGCGGGGCUGGGCGCGGUCACGGGAACAGUGCGCGGCCCCGAGCUGCCCAGUGACAGUUGGCUCUCGCGGCGGUGGCGGUGGCGGUGAUGGCGGCGGGAGCCGGGGACACGGAGCGCCUGGAGGCCGAGCUGACCUGCGCCAUUUGCCUGGACCUGUUCCGGGAGCCGGUGACGGCGCCGUGCGGCCACAAUUUCUGCCGGAGCUGCCUGUCGCAGUUCUGGGCCGGGGACCGGCGGUACCUCCUGGGCUUCACCUGCCCGCAGUGCCGCCGCCACUUCCCGGAGCGGCCCGAGCUGCAGCCGAACCGUGUGCUGUGCGCCGUGGUGGCGGAGUUCGAGCGGGGCCGGGGCCAGCGCCUUCAGGCCGAGCCUGAGGCCGAGGCCGAGCUCCCGGCCGCCGUGGCCUGUGAUGCCUGCCCUCCCGGGGCCGGGGCGCCGGCCGUCCGCAGCUGCCUGACCUGCCUGGCCUCAUUCUGCAGCGAGCACCUUGUCCCGCACCAACAGAGCGCGGCCUUCCGGAGCCACAACCUGCAGCCCCCGCUCGCUGACCUGGCCGAGCGCCUGUGCCCCCAACACGGAAACCUGCUCGAGUUCUACUGCCGCCCCCACCGCAGCUGCAUCUGCGCCGUCUGCAUCCUGGAGCACCGCGGCUGUCAGACCGACAGGAUGGAGGAGGCCUUCAGGCAGCAGGAGGCAGACCUGAAGACCCAGCGAAAGAAUCUGCAAUAUCAAAUCAUCCAAUUACAACAUCACCUGGAACUUGUGCGGUAUAAGAAACAACACCUCACGGAUUCCUCCAUGAAGCAGAAAUUGUCACUUUCCAGUGAAUUCAAUGAGAUGAAAACUCUAAUUGAGAAAGAGGAGAAGAUUGCAGCUAAACUAAUUGAGGAAGAGGAGAAUAAAGCAGCGAGCCAAGUUGCUGAUGCAGUUGAUCAGAUCAACACCCAGCUCGAAAAACUGAAGGAAUACAAGGAGCAGCUAGAUUCACUGCUCUCCCACACUGGGAGCAUGCACUUCUGGAAGAACAUUGCUGAACUGCCUGCAAUCUCGUUGAAAGCUUGCACACCCCCCAGUCCUGUUGAAGUGAAUGUCAGGAAAGUGGAGCUUGUUCAAAAAGUGGUUUCUGAAUUGAAGCAGGUUCUGGUUCGGGAGUUGAAAGCUCCACUGCAGCAGAGAAUCAAUCAAGUGGAUCGGGCCGAGAAAACAAAGCUGAAAGCAUUGGCCAAUCCAGACCAGAUGAUGGACACAAGUUCCCCUUCAGAUCCAUUGGAGCCACCAUCUGUAAAUGAGUCCAAAUCAUUUCAAACAGCUAACCCUCCUGAGGGCAAGCAAGCUAGAAAGAAGAAAACCAAGGCUAAAGCAUCAAACAGUCCAGACCAGGAGCCAUCUGCAGGCCAGCCAAAUGAAGAAAGUUCCCCUUCGGAUCCAUUGGAGCCACCAUCUGCAAAUGAGCCCAAAUCAUUUCAAACAGCUAACCCUCCCGAGGGCAAGCAAGCUAGAAAGAAGACAGCCAAGACUAAAGCAUCAAACAGUCAAAAGCAUGGUUCAGGUGCGGUGCAGCCAGAGGAGUACAAGAAACUGUAUAAUGUUGCUACGUUACCGCUGACUCGUUCUGACUUGCUGCAGUAUAAAUCGAAAAUCACCUUUGAUCACCGGACUGCGCACAAGAAGCUGCUCGUGCGUAAUGAUUACACCCACCUGAGUGUGGCUGACCAGUUACAGCCCUACCCUGACCAUCCUGGGAGGUUUGUCAGCUGUGUGCAGGUCCUCGGGCUGCAGAGUUUCUCAAGCGGCUGCCAUUACUGGGAGGUGGACAAUGAGGGCAGCAAUUUCUGGGCAAUUGGGCUUGCUUAUGUUGGCCUGGAAAGGCAAGGGAGUAGGAGUCGUCUAGGAAGGGGCCCACUGAGCUGGUGCUUGGAGAGUUUUGGCCAGAAGCUGUCUGUUUGGCACAGAGGCCAGGAAGCUAUCCUGCAUGUCUCUCAGCCCAGAAUCAUAGGAAUCCAUCUCAACUAUAACCAAGGGAUUGUGGCCUUUUAUUCGGUCACUGACUCUAUGAGGCUGUUUUAUUACGAAGUAGGGUUUCAAGGCCGGGUUUUUCCUGCUUUCUGGCUGGGCAACAUUGGCACCACCCUCUCCCUGGUUCAGUUCUAAAUGUUUCUGCUUUGUGUGGCUCUGGAUUACUCCAGCAGCCCAUCCUCACCAGUUAGAUUUCCACUUUUAAGAUAUAGUAUGGAGAAAAUGAUAAUCCAACAAUAAUGGCCUGGUCACAUCUGACGGGGAAACAACAACAAAAUGUGAAGUUUUGAUUGGAAUGUGGAGAGGCCCAUUCACUCUGAUAGACUACCUCUUAUUCCCUCUCAACAGAUGCUGCCUGACUGCUGCACUUUUCCAGCAUUGUGGUUUUUAUUUGAUUUCUAGCAUCCCAUACUGUUUUAUUUCGACUUUAUCGGUAAUGCAUUUGCGAAUUGCAUAGAGUUGUAUUGGAGUGACAGCUCACUUUGUGGCUUUGACCCCAGUCUGAGUACAUCCUCAUUUGGAGAUGAGCUCUUAGCCAUGUCUGAGGCCAAACCUCAUUCACACAAUUAUUGGACAAGUCUGUCAGGGUUUCAAGUGAGGGGUAGCCUUAUUGCAGCUUAUACAUCCCGGAGGGAAUUGGCUGACAGUGUAUUUGCUCUUGUGGGAGAAAUUAGAAUAUAGAGAGUGUUUAAAAAUGAGGGGUUAGUGUGUAAGGCAAAAGUAAGAAAUCUUUUGAGGGUCAUGUAUCUUUGGAGUUGCCCUCCUCAGAGAAAAGGCUGGGUCAUUGAAGCUAUUUAUAGCAGUGUUGGAUGGGUUUUCACAGUGGAGUCUAGGCUCACGUAGAGUUGAGACCACAAUCAGAAUGGUACAGCAGGCUAGAGGGGUUGAACGACCUAGAUUAGAUUACUUACAGUGUGGAAACAGGCCCUUCGGCCCAACAAGUCCACACCGACCCACCGAAGCGCAACUCACCCAUACCCCUACAUUUACCCCUUACCUAACACUACGGGCAAUUUAGCAUGGCCAAUUCACCUGACCCGCACAUCUUUGGACUGUGGGAGGAAACCGGAGCACCCGGAGGAAACCCACGCAGACACGGGGAGAACGUGCAAACUCCACACAGUCAGUAGCCUGAGUCGGGAAUUGAACCCGGGUCUCUGGUGCUGUGAGGCAGCAGUGCUAACCACUGUACCACCGUGCUGCCACUCCUAUUCCUCCUAUGAGGUUAAGUGAGGAUAGUUGUUGGACCCUCCGACAUCAGAGCAGUCUGUGUCCAUUUGCAGCAACACCUGGACAAUAUCCAAAACAUUUUCCAAAUCUCUCUGAAUGUUUGGCAGUGGGAAUUCUGAGUGGUUGUAAAUCUUCAUGGCGGUCAGGGCCUGAAGACUAUGCUCAGGGUGUAGAGUGUGUGGAGCUGCUAGGCUAGAGAUCAGGGGCAUUGCUCUCAUGAUAUCAAACAGUCAGAGGAAAGCUGUGAUGUUGGAGUUACUGCCUUUCAAUGAUGUGGUGUAAGGGAACAAUUCAUAUUUUCCAUUCCACUUCUGCAGGGCUUUGAUCCUGGAGUAGUGUGUGCAGUUUUGGUCUGCUUAUGUCAGGGAAGUUGUUAUUGCCAUGGAGGGAGCGCUGUGAAUAUUCACCAGGUCUUGUUCCUGGGAGAGCAGCAUCGUCCUGUCAAGGGAGAGUGACCGACUGGCUCUGUAUUCUCCUCAUUUGAAGAAUGUGAAGUGAUCGCAUUGAAACCUACAGAAUAAUUAAAGGAAUAGCGAGGGUAGAAGCAAGUAAGAGAAUUCCCGUGGUUUGGGAGUCUCAAACCAGGGCCACAAUUUAAAAAUCACAGGAAUAUCACUUGGGUGCAGAAUGAAAAGUCGUAUUAAAGGUGGAAUUCUCUACCCCACAGGGCUGUGGAGGUUCUGUCUUUGAGUAUGUUUAAAGGUAGAGUUUGACAGGUUUCUGAUUCCCAGUGGUUUAUAGGACUGUGGGGAUGACCUGAGUAAAAGGCAUUCAAGUGUUCAAACUGCCAUGCUCAGAUAGCGCCCGCUCCACAAUUCAAUGUGCUGAAUAACCACCUCCUUUUUAUGAUCACCUGUCCGGCACAAGUCCAUAACUUACUCUUGCUAAAUAAAACAUAAACAUUCCAGCACCGGCCUGUGGAACCAAUCUGAAACCCAUCUAACCUACACCAUUCCAUUCUCAUCCAUAUGUUUAUCCAAUGACCAUUUAAAUGCCCUUAAAGUUGGCGAGUCUACUACUGUUGUAGGCAGUGCGUUCCACACCCCUACUACGCUGAAUAAAGAAACUACCUCUGACAUCUGUCCUAUAUCUAUCACUCCUCAAUUUAAAGCUACGUCCCCUCAUACUAGCCAUCACCAUCCAAAGAAAAAGGCUCUCCCUGUCCACCCUAUCUAACCCUCUGAUUAUCUUAUAUAUCUCAAUUAAGUCACCUCUUGACCUUCUUCCCUUUAAUGAAAACAGUCUCAAGUCCCUCAGCCUUUCCUCAUAAGACCUUCCCUCCAUACCAGGCAACAUCCUAGUAAAUCUCCUCUGAACCCUUUCCAAAGCUUCCACAUCCUUCCUAUAAUGCAGUGACCAGAACUGUACACAAUACUCCAGGUGCAGCCGCACCAGAGCUUUGUACAGCUGCAGCAUGACCUUGUGGCUCCAAAACUCAAUCCCUCCCCCAAUAAAAGCUAACACAUACCAUAUGUUAAAUCUUAAAUCUGCAAUUAAUUAUCCAGGCUGUAUUAACCCAUAUGAUACCCAGGAGUUCAUCACCUUGACUAUUUUGCACAAUCUACUGCUAUUUUUGUGCCAAUCAAUGUAGGCGUGGUUACUUAGUGCUAGUUACAGCAAUGCCUAGUUAGCUCUGGUUUGGUUGCAGUCUGCUGGUUAUGGCUGUGCCUAGUGAUGGAUGGACUGGUUCCCUGUGCUAAUUAUUCUGGUAUCAGAUUCUAGUCACAUUGAUUAUGCCUGGUUGUGUCAUUUACUCGAGCUAAUUACACAACUAUUUGUUAUCAGUGCCUAUUCCUGGUUAUGUUGGUGGUGUGCACCAUUUAUUGGUGUCACAUGAUGUUAAUCUUGGAAUUAUAAAUGAUGAUGCACCAGACUGGGGUAGAGAGUAGAGGAGGAGGACCUGAAGCCAAUUAUAAGGGGGCAUUAAUAAACUUAAUAAAAAGGGCUCACUUCCAUGGUAGUUUGUGCCAUUGGAGAGGGUGCACAUGGUAUCCAUCAGUGUUCUCGAUGCCUUCAAAGGAGCACCUCAAGGGUACAGUGCUUAUCUCCCCCAUGGCCCAGUUUUGAUUUAAUUCCCCACAACUUCAUGUGUAUACAUGUGUGCGCACACACACACACACACACACACCUUUGACUGUUAAUUCUGAUUUGCUUGUAGAUAUUUAAUUAGCACCACAGCUGGUUACUGCUGGUGGGCACUAGGGUUAAAGUAGUCUGUGAUCGCUGUGUGGAUGGAAAGAAAUACAUUGAAGUUCAACACUGAAAUGGAAGGAAAUAUAUUCAGGCAAAACUGGUUGCAUAUUGAUUUUAAGGAUAAGAAUAUGAGAGUGUUGUAUCCAGACUAAAUUCCAAAGUACAAAAUAUGCUAAUCACAGUGACAAUAGUUUAGUAAGGUCAUAAAACUGUAUUUCCAGUUGGAAAGUCUGAUGAUUGCACUGCACUAAACUUGGCUUGAACCUUGGUCAGACCACACUUGUAUUAUUGUGUGAGUAGUAGCUACCAUUGUAUCUACUUGAGUCUUUAAAAUGAUGAAAUGUUUUGACGGAUACUGAAAUAACUCUUCCUUGUUUGGUAGGGGGAGGAGAGCAGAACUAGAAGCAGUUGAUAUAAGAGACUUCCCAAAAAAUCCAGUCAGGGAUUUGGAAGAAACCUGUUCCCUGUACAGUGGGGAGAAGGUGAAACUCUGCUGCCAUAGAACUGGAAUGAAAUAAUGUAUUGAAGGGGAACCUAGAAGGGGCAGUGAACAGUGUUCCAGUGAUAGGCUCAGAUGCGGAAGUGUGGCAGGUUUGACUGGAGCAGACACAUGUGCGUGGACCUGAGUGGACAUGUUGUGUGUUGUGUAUUCUACUGAACUAUUCCAGUGCCUAUUAUAAUAUUGCCCAUUGCCACUUUCACCAGCUGCUUGUGCUUGCUCCCUUGCCCAGUGUUGAAACAUUGUUUAUUUUGAAUCCAGUGUGGUUGUGUAGGUUUCCAUGCUUUUGAGUUCCAGCUCUCUCCUUCAUCACCCAGCUCUUGAGCAGAAUCACCAUCACUUUAAAAUGCAGACAUUUGUUUCAGAACUUAAAUCUUUGAAAAUAUAAUUCAUUUUAUCGAUUACUUGGGGGGGGUGUCUUAUUACUCAAACUCUUUUCAGAAUAAGAUAGCCACUUGUGGAAUUGUUUCUGCAGCUAAGAAACUAGCAAAAGGGGAGUUAUUGAAAUAUUCUGGCUUCAUUUAAACCACAGUUUGUUCAACUUCUCAUCUUAUGUAUUACAGAAAUACUCAUUACUAUUCAAGUAUCUCAAUGUCUUCAAGCAUUAUACAGCUGGAGGCAUUUCUACAAAUGUUGUAAAGGUUAUCUGGAAUAUUCAAGGGGUAAAUUCCUGUCCCGUGCCCAGCAAUGCAUGCUCGGUCCUGGGCAGUGUGACCUAAUCAUGUAACACGGGAAAAGUUGAAGUCAUCCAUUUUUGUCCGAGAGGACUCAGGUGAUCCCAAGCUCCUCAGUAGAAAUCAAGUGUUUGUUAACUAUGACUAAUGCUAAAGAAUGAUGAUAUUUGCAACUGGUUGGAGUGAGUGAUUGAAGCCGUUACUUGGGUUGUGCCUGGGGAAAGGGUAAUUUACUGAUUGUGAUGAAUAAUAAUUGGAGAAACAGAUUUUCAUGGAUGGACUGCAAUUAUUUUUAUACUGAAAAAUCAUGAAAUAAAUAUUCCAAAGUA